AUCAGUGCAAUGGCCGCCACAAAAGGCGCUACUACGGCUCGACGGCAGACACUGGCGACGGCACUGCUUUGUGGACGCACUAGUCUCAUCACAACUGUCAUAUUGCUUUUAUCCAAGUGCAAUCUCUGUGUUUCAGCGGCCGCGAAUGCUUAUGAAUUUGACGCUUUUGCUGACGUUUUGAAACAACAACACCUCCAUCAUGCCAUUAUCGCCUACAACAGCGACACAGAGCAAGCACAACAGCAGGCGGGUUUGCUAAAGGAUAAUGCAUUACGUGCACUGCUUAAUGUGGCAUCACUUCAGUUUUAUGAUGUCCAUCAAGCGAAAUCCGCUAAAAACGCUACCGAUUUUCAAAGACUCUUCUAUCAUGACUCACCGCGCGUCGGUAUCUAUGUGGCCCAGCUGGAGGAUGUGUUGUUGCAGCAGUAUGUUUUGGGCUCAAAUGUGAUUAGUGUUGACACCAUCGAUGCUGGUGGAUAUAGAGUGCGUGUCGAUGUGGGCUCGCGUUUCAACAGUUCUCGCAUCUGGUUCAUAAUGUCCAAGCAACGUACGGUGACGGCAGCGCUGGCGAAUGUGCGCCGCGUGAUGACGCCACUACCAGUGAAUAUAAGUGCGGACAUUACAAUCGGUGUCCGGUUGGAUGGCAACAAUACAAUACAACUCUUCGACAUUUACAAAAUACAAAAAGAUUGGUUGGAUAUUGAACCGAAAGGUUAUUGGAGCCCCGCUGAAGGUCUCAAACUUAAUUUACGGUUCCAUCAAACCUUCGUCAACAGGCGUCGCAAUUUUAAGGGUCUACAAUUAGUAGGUGGAAUAGUGAUACGGGAACAGCCUGCCGAUAUGACUGAAUUGGACUAUUUGAACUCCUUGUACCAUAAAAAUUUUGACCCCAUGCAAAGGAAAACUUACCAAUUGGUUAAGUUAAUGGAACCAAUAUUUGACGUAAGCUUUCAACCAGCACUGAGAAAAACUUGGGGUGAGCAGGCGCCUAAUGGCAGCUGGGAUGGUGUUAUGAAAUUAUUGCUUUCCGGUGAGGCGGAAUUUUCACUAUGUCCUAUGCGUUUUGUACCAAACAGGGUACAUUUAAUACAUUACACAAUAGCGGUACAUACGGAAUUUGUCUUCUUCAUAUUCCGUCAUCCGCAUCGCAAUGACAUUCGUAACAUCUUCUUUGAGCCGUUUGUCGAAGAGGUCUGGUACACUGUUAUCGCGAUCGUUGUCUUAACCAUUUUAUUGUUGCAACUACAUUUGCAUCACGAAAAUCGCUUCUUCAUAAACAAAGAUCCACAUUUUCAGACGCGUUUCGAUUAUGCGAUUUUCUCCAUAUUGGAAGCAUUUUUCCAGCAAGGACCCUCAAACGACGCCUUCACCGCCACCUCAACGCGUACGCUCAUUUUCUCUGUUUGCCUGUUUAGCUUGUUGUUGCAACAGUUUUAUGGCGCUUUCAUUGUGGGCUCACUGCUGUCCGUCUCACCGCGCACAAUAACCAAUUUGGAGGCACUAUACAACAGUAGCCUCGAUAUCGGCAUAGAAAAUAUACCAUAUAAUAUUGAAACCUUUGAGAAAACUACAGUGCCGCUAGGGAUGGCAAUCUACAAAGAGCGUGUUUGCAAGAACCGUGAGAGAAAUAUUUUAUACAUCGAAGAGGGCGCUGAACGCAUAAAGAAGGGCGGUUUUGCUUUUCAUGUAUCGGCUAAUCGCAUGUACUACAUACUGAAAGAAUUACUAAGCGAAAAGGAAUUUUGCGAUCUGCAAGAUGUGCCAUUCAUUCCACCCUAUCGCAUUGGUAUUGGUAUAACGAAAAGUUCACCGUUUCGCGAAUACUUCACAACAUCGAUUGCGAAAUUUCAUACCUCCGGGCUCUUGCAACAUAACGAUAAUCAAUGGCAAUUACCACAACUGGAUUGUAGUCUAAGUCAGAAUUAUGAGGUCGAAGUAGAUCUACAGCAUUUCUUACCGGCCCUACUUUUUUUAGUAUCUGCUAUGCUUCUUAGCCUGGCUGUAUUAAUUUUGGAAAUCAUCUACUACAACUUGGAGAAAAGCACGAAGUUGGCACGUUUGUGUCCAAGAAUAAUGCCGAAGCCCAAACUGGAGUUUAUAAAUUGAAAAAUGUCGCCGUUUUGGAAGAAAUUUUAAGAAUAAGCUUAUAAUUUUAAGCUUCAAAUAUGUUUAGUGCCUAAAGCUUAUAUUAUUAAGUCAAUAAAAACUAAUAUUUAUAUUAAUAAAAUGAGAUAUAUGUGAGAUUAAA